AUAUAUAUAUAUAGUACCAUAGAAGAAUAUUAAUGCGUUUGCUCCAUUCAUUGAAUCAAAAGUACAGAUGUUUUUCAAUUUGCAAAAGGGGUUUAAUGGAUACGGUUUAUAUCUCCCAUGGGUCACCAAUGAUGGCGAUCGAUGAAAGCAUACCAGCGAGGAAAUUCUUGAAGACAUGGCAACAAAUUUUCAAAGAAAGACCUAAAGCCAUUCUUGUUAUUUCUGGCCAUUGGGAUACCAAAGAACCAACUGUUAAUGUUGUUAAUCGCAAUGACACCAUUUAUGACUUCUAUGGCUUCCCCAAAUCCAUGUAUAAGCUCAAAUAUACACCACCAGGUGCUCCACUAUUGGCAAAGAGGGUGAAGGAACUGCUCAUGGCAAAUGGCUUCAAGCGUGUUCAUGAAGAUAAAACACGAGGAGUUGACCAUGGCACAUGGGUUCCUCUGAUGUUCAUGUAUCCUGAGGCUGACAUUCCAGUGUGCCAGCUCUCUGUUCAGACUGAUAGAGAUGGAACUUACCAUUAUAACUUGGGGAAGGCAUUGGCCCCCCUCAGGGAGGAAGGUAUCCUCAUCAUGGGAUCUGGAGCUACUACUCACAACUUGGGGACCAUGCAACCCAGUGGCAGUCCUGUUCCUUCAUGGGCUUUGCAGUUUGAUACCUGGCUUAAAAAUGCCCUUCUUGAAGGAAGAUAUGAAGACGUGAAUCACUACGACUCCAGGGCACCGUAUGGAAAAAUGGCUCAUCCUUGGCCAGACCACUUUUACCCUUUGCAUGUGGCCAUGGGGGCAGCGGGUGAAAAUGCCAAGGCGAAGCUAGUGCACCAUAGCUGGGACAAUGGCACCCUUUCUUAUGCUUCCUACCAGUUCACAGCACGUAAAUGAAAUCUUCAUCAACAGUACAGUUGCUGCUGGAGUUCUUGUAGACAUGAAUUUGUAUUAUUUUUUUAACUAAAUAUUCUGUAUGUGCUAGAUGAAUUAAAUAAAUUUCAGUAAAUAUGAUAAGAGAUAUAGUAUGGUUGAAAUGUUGUUGAAAUGUGAUAAGAGAAGGUGGAGGAUGCUUAACUUCAAUGAUUAAAACAGCAA